AAAAAAUGCACUAAGCAGAAGUGAAGGCCGGGGCCUAUGUGUUGAGCAGUCGAUGUGAGCUGUGAUAGUGAGAAAAGUCGUCAGUCAAAAUUGUGUAAAGUGAGAGUAUACGAAGAAAAGGGAAAGCAUAUUUGACCUUUGCCUUUAACGCCCCCACAGGUGAAGUCCCCUCUUCCUCCAGCCCGCCUUGACUCUCCUGACCCAGCUUAGCCCACCCUCGCCUGGCCUGUCUCAGCUCCAGCACCUGCUCAGCUUCAGAGCCCCAGUCCUCCGCCCCAGACACACCCACCUAGAGCAGCCUCAUCCUCCACCAAGAGCCUCUUACACUGGUGAAGCUCUCUGCUCAGCAGCAUGGCAGGUCGAGGAGGACCAGCACGGACCAACGGCGCGGCGGCCAGCAACAAGAUCUGCCAGUUCAAGCUGGUGCUGCUGGGAGAGUCAGCGGUGGGCAAGUCCAGCUUGGUGCUGCGCUUCGUCAAGGGCCAGUUCCACGAGUACCAGGAGAGCACCAUCGGAGCUGCCUUCCUCACACAGACUGUCUGCUUGGACGACACAACAGUUAAGUUUGAGAUCUGGGACACUGCAGGGCAGGAACGGUAUCACAGCCUGGCCCCUAUGUACUACAGAGGAGCGCAGGCUGCCAUCGUGGUCUAUGACAUCACCAACACAGAUACAUUCACACGCGCAAAGAACUGGGUGAAGGAGCUCCAACGACAAGCCAGCCCCAACAUCGUCAUUGCACUGGCAGGGAACAAAGCUGACCUUUCCAACAAAAGAGCUGUGGACUUCCAGGAAGCACAAGCGUACGCAGAUGACAACAGUUUGCUCUUCAUGGAGACUUCAGCCAAGACGGCCAUGAACGUCAAUGAGAUCUUUAUGGCCAUAGCCAAGAAGCUUCCUAAGAACGAGCCAGCAGGUGGAGCCAGUGGCCGGGCCAGUGGCCGGGCAGGAGUGGACCUGCAGGAAGCCGCCCCACAGGCUGGUGGUAGCAAGUGCUGUGGAGGUGGGAACUAACCAACUGGACCGACACACCAACCAACCUGCAGUAUCAACCAACUGACCAGACCAGCUGACAAACACAUCCCACGGUCAAACCAACUGACGGUCUGACCAACCACCAUGCACCAAUACUGCACCGAUCAACUGAUAAGCAAACCAGCUCACAGGCCAAUCAACUGUCAACACACAACUCCAAGGUUCCAAUGAUCCGACCAACAGACAAAUGACACAAUUAUGACCAACAUGAUGACCUACAACUGUUUUAACUUACCCGAGGACAUAACAACCCCAUUAUCUGCAACGAAACUAUGGACAUCUGACAACACCCAGGCAAAAAACAACAACCCCACUUAGGGAGGAAAAAAAUAUCAAUCCUUACCAAUCGCACUUAACAGAGCACUGUUCUUCUUUGUUUCACUGUAUUUCUGUAAGAAAAAGAAAAAAUCUAACGCAACUGGGAGGAAUAAUGAACAGGCUCUUUGGCCCUCUCCUUUCUGUCUCUCCCUCUCUUGUCAUUUCUUUACCAUAAUACUACAGUAUUUCAACGUAUGUCUUCUGUCACUGUUCUAACCCUGUUUAGUUUGGUGGUGGGUGAAUGUAGCAAUUCUCAUGAUUUAAUUUUGUCUUGUUCCCGAUCGUCACCCUUGGGCAAAAGA